GUGACGGCAAAAGAUUUAUUAAGUUCACAAGGACAAUUAGCAACUAGCUUAGCAGCCUUAGCUAGUGGUGCAACUAGCAAUAGUAAUGGCGGCUUCGUUGGGACUGAUCCCCGAAGCCGAUCUCUUCAGCUCCGCCUACGCCCAUGGUGAUUUCACGUCCCCGCUCCAGGAGUACUAUCAGCACCGCUACCCUUCCGAUCUCGAGUACUCGGCGACUCCACCGGUCUUCUUACCCGGCGCCGGCGAUCAUCAUGGCGGCGAGGAGGAGGAGGAGAAGAAGACGCGAGCUAAUAGCAAGAAGAAGGCAAGGGCGAUCGGGGGCGGGAGGAUCGGGUUCAGGACCCGGUCGGAGGAGGUGGAGAUCCUGGAGGACGGGUUCAAGUGGCGGAAGUACGGGAAGAAGGCGGUGAAGAACAGCCCGAACCCGCGGAACUACUACCGCUGCUCGGCGGAGCGCUGCGGCGUGAAGAAGCGCGUCGAGAGGGACCGCGACGACCCGCGAUUCGUCGUCACCACCUACGACGGCGUCCACAACCACGCCACCCCCGUCUCCGCCGCCGCCGCCCUGCGCUUCUACUGCUAGCUGCCUAGCCCGGCCAGGCCCACUGCACUUCUCAGCUAGCUAGCCCGGCCCGGCCCGGCCCAUGCGUAUAGUACUAAUCGAUACGGAGUAGCUCCGUUGUGCUCGUCAAAUCGUACAAUAGAAACUAGAUAUUGGAAGCUGAUCGAACUCAAAACUUUUUGUUUUGCCGAUCGAUGUCUUCGACUCUUCGGUUUGAGUUCUUGUAUACUCUCCAUAGUAUAUAGUUUCCUCGCUUGCAUAUACUAAUUUGCAGAUGGAACAUUCUCAAUUGUGAACAAACAAAGGGGAGAUGUUUUUAUUUUC